GUGGAUGAGAACUACAUGCGUGUGUCAGAGUUUGUUAUUGUGGGCUUCCCAAGUCUCCAACCGGAGUAUUUUGACCUAGUGGCGUGGUUCUUCUUCCUUUAUGUGACCACAGUGGUGGGAAACCUUCUGCUGGUGGUGUUGUUUUCUUUGGAGCACAGUCUCCAGAAACCCAUGUACAUCAUCAUGGUCAGCCUGGCCCUCAACUUUACCACAGUGGCUUUACCCAAACUAAUCGCUCGCUACUGGUGGAAUGAUGGGAGUCUUGGCUUUCAUACAUGCCUCUUCCAAAAGCACAUGAUCCACUAUUUUGGCUCCUUGAACUCACUUAUUUUACUGAUGAUGGCCCUGGACCGAUAUCUGGCCAUCUGUUUUCCCUUUAGGUACCAGAUGUGGAUGACAAACCAAACCAUGACAGGCCUCACGCUCUUCUGCUGGGCGGUGGCACACAUCUUUAUUGUCAUCAGCACCAUCAACUUUACCAUGAUGCCGUUUUGCGGGCCCAACCAAAUCAUACAGGCCUUCUGCGACACAUUGUCUCUUACAGCUCUAGUUUGUGGGGACCCCAGCCAACAAUUCAGCGCUGCCUAUGCUUCAGCAAUGUUUAUUCUUUAUGUUCCUUUAGCUUUCAUCAUCUUUUCCUACAUUUGCAUCAUCAUCUCAGUAUUGCACAUGGCUAGUGGACAGGGCAGAAUGAAGACAUUCUUUACCUGUGCCACCCUGGGCUGUAUCAUUUCUAUCUAGUACCUACCACGUUUCUGAUACUCUACACCUUUCUUUCCUAACCUCAAGAUGACACCUGACAAGCGUAUAGUGACCAUCCUCUUCUACAGUCUUUUCCCUCCACUGAUCAAGCCUUUCAUCUACUGUCUGAGAACGAAGGAGAUCAAGCGACUAUUAACAGACGGAAGAUGGAAGAGCAUUAUGCCUUCAAAGCAUGGCCAAAUUGCAGCAAUUCACACUGACAAGUGAUCUGUGAUUUUGUUGUUUAUAAACUGUAUUAUUAUAAUUUUAUACUUUAUAAGUCCAUAUGAUAAUAUGCUUGAAAAUAGGUUAAGU